CGUCACUGCGUCGCUCAUGUGACGCACACAGAUACAGGCGGACACGCAAAGAUGGCUGCAUCGUCCUGGAUGCGUGGCCCGUCCGCGAUGCGGCUCACGGAGGGUCUGGUGUCGGUCCUGAAGGAGCAGAGGCCGGAGUACCUCCCGGCUCUGCUGUCCGGUUACAGAGAACAUGGCGUCUUCACCUCACAGGGUUCGAGCGCUGUGGGAGGUCUGGUGGGUUUCAGCAACGCCAAACUGAGCUCGAGCAAGACUAGGUUUGAGGGCCUGUGUCUGCUCUCCAUGCUGGUCAAAGACAGCUCCAGUGAUCUGUUCCAGCAGCACUGUCUGUCCUGGCUGCGCUCCCUGCAGCAGGUCAUACAGUCUCAGGCUCCGGUUCAGACGGUCCAGCUGGCCGUGAGCAUCCUGAAGGAUCUCCUGCAGUACUCGUCUCAGCUGCCGGAGCUGGCCCGAGAGGUCGGUCUGAACUCCGUCCUGGGCAUCCUGACGUCUCUGCUGGGCCUGAAGACGGAGUGUGAGCUCGCUGCGAUGGAGGGGAUGACGGCCUGUAUGACCUUUUACCCCCGAGCCUGUGGAUCCCUCAGGGAUAAACUCGGGGCUUACUUCCUCUCUAAAAUGGACAGCACCAACAAGAAAACCCAGGAGAUGGCGUGUCAGUGCUAUGGUUGGCUGCCCUGUCUCGGGGGUCUGUUGGACCGUGGCGUUGGUGCAGGUAGAUCUGAGGGAUGGACCAAUCAGAUUCACUGCCUGCUGGCCUCAGCCAAUGGGCUGCUGGCUCAGAUCUACCUGGGAUCAGAAACAGACGGGACGCUGCAGUACGAGGGUCCGGGGGUGGAGCUCGCCUUCCCUCAUCUCGACCAAUCAGAUCCUCUGUUGCUGCUGCAGCUGCAGCACAGAUACACAGCUGUCUGCAUGGCCCUAAAACACACACUCAGGGUGGAUCCAUCCUCAGCGGUGCGUCUGCCUGUCAGACCGAUCCUCAACCUGGUGUGUCGAGCCCUCGCUGUCAGCUCCAAGAGCAUCAAUCUAGCAGGUGACGGCAGUGUGAAGCUGCUGCUCCUGCCCAUCAUUCACACACACACACUGGAGGUCCUAUCAGCCCUUAUCUCAGUUGUACGCAGCGGUAUGGUUCAGUACUCUGCAGUGCUACAGAGGCUCUUCUCUCAGACUCUCUCUGCGUGGACACCUUUACCUGAAUCCAGUCUGGGGCAGCAGAGUGCAUACAGCUCUGUGCGGGUCUCCGUAUACAGAACUUUGGAGCUGUGGGUCCAGGUGGGCGGAGCCUCAGCAAGCGUGCUGCAGGGGAGCCCGGGUCACUCAGAGCUGCUGUUCAGCCAGCUGCUCAGUGACAUCACACCGGGGGCGGAGUCUGUCAAGCUGCGGGCCGGUCUGUCAGCUGACGUGGUUCAAGGAGGUAAACCUGGUCCAAGGAGGACUAAACCUUUAGUCAUGGCGGACUCUGUGGGUCCUUCUCUUCAGAGAAAAGGAGACCUGCUGGCCAAUCAGGACACCUGUCUGUCAGCACUCAGAGCCCUGAGACAGAUCAUACUGACGAGCGGCACCCUGCUGAAGGACGACAUACACAAGCGACUCCACGAGGUGGUUCUCCCACUGUGUGUGCGUCUGCAGCAGCAACAGUCCAGCUGCACUUCCUCCUGUGAGUCUCCAGGGGGCGUCAGUGGACAGUACAGCAGCGCACUCAGCCGAAGAGAGCUCUACAGGUUGCUCCUGGCUCUGGUUCUGGUCCCGUCCCCCUGUUGGCCCCCUCCCAUGACCUGUGCCGUCUCCAUCCUGAGCAGUGGACGCACUGACCGAAACAUCAAGGUGUCCUCGUUCUGCACCGAGGCUCUCACCACCUGUAACUCCCUCCUCCACCCCCGUGUCCCCCCCAUUGCCCUCCCCUUACCCCCCCUUACCCUGAAGCCCACCCCCUCUGCUCCAGUCCUCCCCUCCUCACAAGGUUCUGGCCUCACUCUGCCCACCCUCCUGGGAGGCCCCGCCCCCGGUCCCCCAUUCUCCACCCGUCACUCCCUCGACCUUGGCCCCUCCUCCCUGCUGGGCUCUCUAGAGAACCACCUCUCUCUUGUACCGGGUCUGCCGGGUCAGGGCCACACCCCUGCAGACAUGAUCCUGUCCCCACAUGGGCACCACCAGCCGGACCCCGCAGGCCUUGGUCUCCCUGAGGGCCAGAGACCGGUGUUUGUGCGCUAUGACCGCGAGGAGGCGGAGGAUGUGGAGAUCUCGUUGGAGAGCGACUCAGACGACAGCGUGGUCAUCGUCCCGCCCGGGAUGCUCAACAUGGAGACCCAGCAGGAGGACUCCGGAGCAGGGAACCCGCCUAGCUUGGUCUCUGCUGCACCAGGAGGGACUACGGGCCCUCUACCGGGAGCGGACUCUGUUACAACGGCAACAACAUCCACUAUCGACGGGGUCUCCCUACCCAAUGACCACGCCACCUCCUCACCCCUCCUCACCACCUCCACUACCCCAAUCAACUCCUUCCCCCCUUCCAGUACCUCUGUGGUCUCCCUUGUCCCCCCCUUGAACUCUAGCUCCCUUGCAGCGCCCCCUGGUGUCCUGGGGGACUCAAUGCCGGGGCGACCACAGCUGCAGCAGAUGUUGAUGCAGCCCUCUGCCGCCGGUCAGCCCGGACCCCUCCCACUCCCGCUCCAGAUCCACCAACUCCAGAACCAGAUGAGUGUACAAGGACGCCACAUCCACCCCCAUCAGGCUCCGCCCCCCAGCAACGAAGACUCCGGUGUUAUCAACAUCAACAGCACGGACGAGGAGGAGGAGGAAGAGGAGGACAUGGAGGAUGAUGAGGAGCUGGAGGAGGAGGAGGAGGGGCUGGAUGAGGAGGAUGAAGAGGAUGAAUUCUACGACGAGGAGGAGUACGACGAUUACGAUGAAGAGGAAGGGGAGGAGCUGGAGGAAGAGGAGGAGGAAGAGGAUGGGGACAUUCCUCCUCUGGAGGGAGCAGAGGAGAAGGCGGAGGAGGUCGGGGUGGAGGAGGGGAAGGUGCUGCGAGCGGUGGUGGAUGAAGGAGGGAUGGCGGGGUUCAGUGUGGAGGGCGAGGAGGAGGGAGGCAUCGAGGAGAUCCAGACCAACAGAGGGCUGUUCUCUGAGGACAGGAUGAAGGUGCAGGAGGUGGAGAGCAUCGGGGUGCUGGAGGAGGCGCGGGAGGGGGAGGGGGAGGAGGACGAGAGCGAGAGGAUGGACGACCCCACCAUGCCUCAGAUCCUGUGCGUGACCGGAGGAGCCCUGGAGGAGAGGGAGGAGGCUGAGGAGGAGGAGGAGGGAGGAGGAAGAGCUGAAGGUGGAGGAGGAGGAGGAGCAGGAGCAGGGCUGCAGGAGGAGCCGAGGCUGUGGAGGGAAGGAGCCACUGAGAUCGAGCUAAGAGUCGGCCCUGAAGACAGCUCGGCCAAUAAGAGCCAAGAGCAGGAGUCAGGAGCUGAACCCGCUCAGGAGGAGAUGACUGUGAGUGAAGAUCAGACCUCCAGCCUCCAGGAGGAACAACCACCAACGCUACAAGAAGAAUCUGUAGCCCCAAACCCUGAAACGUCGACGGCUCCUAAAGAAGAAAGAGAGACUGAGGCGGAGGGAGGUGAGAAAGAAGAAACCGCAGUGCUCCAGGAGACGGAAAGAGGAGGCGAGAGUGAUGGAGAGGAGGGGAAAGGAGUGAAGAGGAAGAGGGAGGAAGAGCAGAAAGAAGAAGAGGCGGGACAGAGCACAGAGAAGAAAAAGCUGGAUGAAGAGUCGAUGGCAUCCAUGUUGGCGGAUUUCAAGGCCUGCCCUCCUGACGAUGAAGACGGAGCGUCUGGAUCAAACCACUCGUAAACAUGAACUGAUGUGGGGGAGACUUCAUCAUCAGAGACAUUACUGUGUACAACAUUUACCCAUCAUCCUCGACUUCUUCCCAUCAGUUUAUUUCAGAGUGUGACUUAAAGUGUGAGGAGGAUAGAAACUUGUGUUCUAUGAUCUGAGAUCAGCAGCUACAGCUCACCUGUACUCAGUUCGUACAGUAGUGUCCUACAGUUAGUGUACAGUCUUUGAUUUAUACGUACCUUUUUAUGCCCUUUAUGUUCACUCAUCACUGUUAAACUCUUUGAUUUAUAGAAGGAAACAAUACAAACACAAGUUUCAAACAUCAA